CCCACAGAUUACAGAACACUUUAGUUUUUGGAAAUCGGACCGGGGUUCACAUUCUAGAGGGAUUUUAAUCCAGCAAAUUUUGGGGCAAGUUGUUAAUACAUUUUAAUGGUAUGACAAUGAAAAAACUGUGAUUUUAUUCUACGAUUUUGAAAUAAAACGUAGUACAUCUUCAAAUAGGCUUUCAAUCGUUUACUUCCCACCUCUGGCCAUUACAAAACUAGACUGGAACUCAAGGAAACAUCUUCCUCUUUACAGUUCUUCAGGUGGUGAGGGAACAGUGAACAAGUCCCCAGAGUGCUCAGGCCAGUGACCUCCAGUCUUUAUCUCCUACUGCUGGUAGAAAACUGAAAGGAGUUCUUCCAACAUGCAGGCUGCAGUCGACUUUCUAAAUGUAUUCAACACUGAGGCCAGCGGAAUAUCCGUGACACUCAGCCUCUUCCUCAUUUUUCUUGGUCUCCUCUACUGGUAUUCAGUCUACCCCUUCUCAGUCCUUUCACGAUGUGGCAUCAACCAUCCAAAGCCAGUACCUUUCUUUGGUAACGUUUUCAUGUUUCAGCAGGGUUUUUUGAAACCUCUGAACGACCUCAUAAAAACACAUGGUAAAGUAUGUGGAUUUUAUUUGGGCCGCACACCUGUCGUGGUGGUAGCAGACCUUAAUAUCCUCAGACAGGUGUUGGUUAAGGACUUCAGUAGCUUCCCUAACAGAAAGACAUAUUUGUUUGUCAAAAAGCCGGUGACUGAUUCUUUGACCCAGUUAAAGAAUGACCAGUGGAAGCGAGUACGGAGUGUCCUGAACCCAUCUUUCAGUGCUGCCAAGAUGAAAGAAAUGGUUCCACUCAUCAGCACAGCCACUGAUGCCCUGAUGAAGAAUUUAAAUGCCCAUGUUGAGUCAGGAGAGGCUUUUGACAUCCACAGAUGCUUUGGGGGCUUUACCAUGGAUGUUGUUGCCAGUGUGGCAUUUGGAACUCAGGUGGACUCACAGAACAACCCAGACGACCCAUUUGUCCAACAUGCUCAGAUGGCCGCUCCACCUUCUUUCUUCAAGCCCAUUCUGUUACUUUUUUUAGCUUUUCCCUUCCUCAUGGCUCCUCUGUCAAGAUUCAUAUGCGACAAAACACAAGACAAGAUGAACAAUUUCUUUAUUAACAGCAUUCAGAAGAUCAUCAAACAGAGAGAGGAGCAGCCUCCUGAGCAAAGGCGUAGAGACUUCCUUCAGCUGAUGUUAGAUGCUCGAGCUACCAAGGAGAGUGUGUCUUUGGAGCAUUUUGACACAUCAAACAAUGAUGAUAAUGAGAUUGAUCACAGGAACCAGCAGACCCAGCCUUUGGGUUUGAUUCAGGGAAAUCACUAUCCUCAUCUACAGGAGUCCUCUGUCCGCCGUCCACAGAAAAAGAUUUUGAGUGACGAUGAGAUUGUGGGUCAGGCUUUCGUCUUCUUCCUGGCAGGCUAUAAAACCAGUAGCAGCACAUUAGCCUUCACCUGUUACGUGUUGGCCCUCCACCCUGAAUGUCAAAUCAAAGUACAGGCAGAGGUGGAUGAUUUCUACACUAGAUAUGAGUCAGCUGAUUACACAAAUGUCCAGGAGUUGAAGUAUUUAGACAUGGUUAUAUGUGAAGCUUUACGCCUCUACCCUCCUGGAUUCAGGUUUGCACGAGAAAUAGAACAUGACUGUGUGGUGAAUGGUCAGCAGCUUCCUAAAGGAGCAAUACUGGAGAUUCCUGCAGGCUUCCUCCAUCGUGACCCAGAACAUUGGCCAGAGCCUGAGAAAUUCAUUCCUGAGAGGUUUACACCAGAGGCUAAAGCCAAUCGACAUCCAUUUGUAUACCUACCAUUUGGGGCUGGCCCCCGUAACUGUGUGGGAAUGAAGCUCGCCCAGCUCGAAAUCAAAAUGGCUUUAGUGCGGCUGUUCCAUGGUUUCAGCAUUCUGGCCUGUCCUGAGACGAAGGUUCCUCCUGAGUUGAAUUCAAAACACACUCUUGAACCUAAAAAUGGUAUUUUUGUGAAAAUCGUAAGAAGGAACCAAGGAGGUGGUCUGUUGAAUUCUCCAUCAGAUGAUUAGAGCAUUUACACCAUACUGUAACACAACAAUCUCCCAAGUCCAUAAGUUCAGCUUCCCUAGUUUAGUUUGAGCCAGUCCUUGGGUAGAUGCUUGAAAAAUUGCAGCACUGAAAUGCUUCAGGCUUGAAUAUAAUAAGGGAUUUACUGAUUAAUUCAAAUGUUCCUAAGAGACACAUUAAUCAUACUAUAGUGACUCUUUGAACUGUUUGAUUUACAUCUACACCAGGAGAAAUGCCACAUGAGAACAUAUUUCCACAUUCAUUUUUUUUUCUUGAUGCACAUAAAUAACGUGGUAAAAUGACUACUUUGUGUAGUUUUAUACUGUGUUUAUUUAUAACAUCCAGUGAAUCACAUGGUUCAGGAUCUCCACAUGGUUAAAAGGGAAAUGACUGGAGAAAAAGAGUUAUUUAAAAGCAUGGUGUUCACAGAAACUAUGGAGUUAGUUUGCAAAGACAUGUUGUUCAUGCAUACUAGAAUGCUGGGACAGAGGGACAGUUGAAACAGCUCAAUAACUUACAUGCACAACAAGCCAGAUCUGUCAUUUUUGGUCUUCACAUUUGUAUUAGUGUCCUCUUUCAUGGGAGAUUUGAAGUAGGUGAGCCUCUUUGAUUAGAAGAUAUUGUCAAAGUUGUUCUUUUUUUUUUUGUAAAGGUAAUUUUUUUCACUUCACAGUGUCCCUUUCACAUUGAAUAUUUCCUUGUACUUGUAUCACUGUUAAGAUGAACUCAGAUCAUUGUAAUCAGCACUCUGUGUUCUAAAAUAACUGAAUAUUAUAGCCAUAUGCAAUUGCUGUUCAGUGUCUUACAAAUUAUCUCCCAUUUACUGUUACUCAGUAAAAUAAAUUAUUA